CACAUAUUAGUUGAAAGUGAUUUGUUCUGCAAUUUGUUGAAAGCAGUAAAGAAAUAUAUAGUGAUCAAUUAAAAACAACAUAUCCACACGUAAUAAAAUCAUUAAUAAAUCGAGCGAAAAUGCCCUCUUCGUGUGUAUUUGAAUUUGAUCGACCACAGCCGGUUUACUACAGCGGCGAGACUAUCAAUGGGCGAAUACAGCUGCAUACGACCAGCGAGAAAACCGUUAGAGAGGUUUACAUACUUUUCGAAGGCGAGGCCAAGGUACGCUGGGAGGAGAGCAGAUCGCGUUCACGCGAUGGCAAAACAGAACACUAUACCGAACAUUUCCGUGGCAACGAAACAUAUUUGCACUCGAAGACAUGUGUACAUGCUGAAGGUACGCUACAGCCGGGAACCUAUACUUACACAUUCAGCAUACCGCUGCCGCUACAAUGUCCCACAUCCUGCGUAGAAAAAUAUGGAAAAAUUGCAUACGAAUUAACGUUGGUGUUAAAUCGCCCUUAUAAAUUUGAUAAUGUUUUCAAACAACCGCUGACGGUUUUACACCAGGUGAACUUGAAUUUGAAGCCGGAGCUAUUGAUACCAAUUAAAAAUGAGGAUAUCAAAUAUUUCUGUUGCUGGCCCUGCUCUUCGGGCCCAGUGAUGUCAACGCUAAUAAUACCUUUUGGUGGUUAUGCGCCCGGUCAGGCAAUUAAAUAUAAGCUCGAAAUAGACAAUCAAUCGACCGGCUAUGAUUUGGAAGAUGGCGUUGAAUUAAAAUUGAAACAAGUUUAUAAAUUUGUAGCACAAACACCACAUCAUAAGACACGCUACCACACCAAUACGCUGGCGCACACCGAACAAGGCAUGCAAUGUUUGCGACUCUCUAAACGCCUGAUUGAGGGCGCACUGGUCAUACCACCUGUGCCGCCCAGUUCGCUGACUGACUACAUUAUUGGUGUGCGCUAUGAGAUUAAGAUGUCCAUAAACACUGGCUGCUGUCAUACUGAUUCCGAAAUAGUUAUACCCAUUACAAUUGGUACAGUGCCUUUGGCGCAAAGCGCCACUAAUCCUGAGAAUGCAGUUGCCUUGCUGUCAACAGCGCCGCAGGAGCCAGAUACGCCAGACACACCUUUCGGCAGCGAUGCGCCGCCAAACUAUGAAAAAUUUAAGCCACCUUCUUUUGAAGAGGCUACUACUAUUAGUGGCAAGUUCAUCGAUCGCGACGUUGAUGAGCGCAAUCGCACGGAUGAAUUCAUACCCAAAUAUCCGAUGUACACAAAUUUCGCUGUACCCACUGCGCCGGUAAUAGAUGAUGUUAGAAUGCCUUUGCUGCAGUUACAGGGCACGACACCACCGCCUUAUACGAGUAGUACGUCUGAAAAUCAGCAGUCAACAUCAGCAACGCGCGAAACUACUGGAUAUGGUUGGAAUAGUUGAAUAUCAAAAGUGAUUUUGCUACAAUUAGAUAUGAAAAAUAUGUACAUACAUACACUCACCAAAUGUAGCAUGAUAUUAAAAAAACCCAGAACACAUUGGAAGGGAAUUUUCGUUCUAGAUUCGCUGGACGAGUUAUUAAUGCUUCUUUUGCUUGCGAAAAAUGUGGUUACAAAAUUAAGGACAUAUGUAUGUAGGCGUCCCAGUCUUAAUUCAUGAAAUGAAAACAAUUAUAAAAAACUGGUUUCCACACACAUUCAAAAUAUUUGGACAAUUUAACUUCGCAAAAAUAUGAAGUUAAAUAAAUAUACAUACAUACCUGUGAAAAAUGUUACUUAUGUAAAUAGUUAAGGUGCCAUUAAAAAUGUAUAGUUAUGAGUUUGCCAAAGUUAAUUUGCGAUUUGCAUAUUUCCACGUGAUAAAUUUUAUAUCAAAGAGUUCUAACUUCUGUAAAACGCAUUCACGAAAUUGUUGCUAUACCCCAUGAUGCAAUAAACAUUUUCUGAUAUAUGGCUUUGACAUAUGGCAAGGGCGGUGAAAAUUUAAAGGGGAUCUAAAAUUGUGGUUUUAAAUGGUCUGCCACUAUUUUCUUUAAAACCGCGUUAAAUUUUUCAGGGUUUAAUGUAAUUAUGUGACUACUACAAAUAUGCAUGCAUGUGUGUAUUAGACUAAAUGCCAACAAAU